AUGCUUGGAGAUAUUCAAAAAGGUCGUAUUGACAUGGCUUGUGGACGAUUCCGAAUGACAGCAGAUCGUGCUCGUAUCCUCACAUUCACCUAUCCAACACAAUUGGAAGUGAAUCAAGUCUACCUGAUCACAAACCCUCAAAAAUCAGAAGACGUUGGAUUUCUUUUUCGUCCUUUCUCAACGGUUGUUUGGUUUCUUCUCAGUAUUACUAUUCUUAUUGUUUCCGCCACUUUUUUCGUGUUGAGAGCUGUGGAAUUUAAAUCAAAAGAAGGUCUUACUGCAGGCAUUCAGAAUAGUAUUUCCCAAGUUCUUCUCAGUACAUUCAAUUUGGAGAUUCGGGUGAAGAACAAGUCAACUUUCUUCGCAUUCCAUUUAUUUUCUGCCAUCUGGCUGCUUGCUUGGUUCCAUGUUUUCGUUGAUUUAUACACUUCCGAAUUGAGUGGAAUGAUGGUUGUUUCGGAUAAGAAACACAUGCCAUUUGAGGAUUUUUACGGGAUGGUUGAGAAUUUGAGAAAAGGAAUCUACCGUCUUUUCACUCCAUCAUCGGACCGUCUUCCAGAAUGUCCUCGUGAGAUUCCUCCAUCGAAAUGCAUUGCAAUGUUUUCUGAAAUUCUAUCUCGUCACCCUCCGGAAUACGGAGAUGUCACAAGAUUGAAUGAGCUGGAUUUCGUCUCUUCGCAAAAAGUACCACUGGUUGGGUUUGGAUGGUAUCCAGCACAGCGGAUUUCAUCAAAAUUUUCAAUUUGGACACAAGAGCUUUUCCACUCAAAUCUCGUUCUGAUCAGAGAUUUUCCUGUCUGCCCAGCUGCAUAUAUCGUUCGCCCAACUUUUCCGUAUCUGGACGAACUGAAUGAAAUGAUAAUUAAAGUUUUACCAGCAUUCAGUGCAAUCGACAAUCAUUACACUCCUGCAUAUCCAGAACUUUCACUAUUUGAUGUGCCCUCAAAAUCAUCUUUUACUUUGAAUCAAUUAUCUUCUAUUUUUGUUAUUCAUAUGCUGGGAACACUCAUUGCGUCGCUUCUUCUGAUAGCUGAGAUCCUGAUAGCUGGUUUCACUAAUCAAAAGGGCAGUAGAAAAAAGGGAAAGUGA